CUAAACUGAUUUGCCAUUUGUGACCUCCAAGAUGGCAGCGAAAAGGUUUGUAAAAUCGUCUAUAGAUUGGGCUGCUUUCGCUGAAAGAGUUCCUGCUCAUGAAAAAGCUAAAUUUCACCUUUUUAAAGCGAAAGUCGAUGGCUACACUAAAAGGCUAAUGAGUUAUCCUGAAAAACCACCUGCUAUUGAUUUCUCAGCAUAUCGUGCACGGUUGCCUAACCGAGCUAUGGUAGAUGAAUUUGAGAAACAAGUAUGUUUUUCAUAUUAUUGGUUUGUGGUGAACUUUAUUUUUGUGCUCUUGAUAUAUGUUGUGACUGGCUAUCAGUUGUAUCAUCAGAAUCCCACUACCCUUUUUCUACAAAUGGGAAAGGCGAUUAUAAUAUUUAAUUCAAUAAACUUGUUUUAUAUUUGUAACAGAUUUUUAAAAGUGUCUUUGGAAGAGAGGAAGUAAAUUUUUCAUUUAAAA